UAAAAGGAAAAGCAGAAAGAAAGAGGGAAGAAAAAAAGAAGGAUUUUUUUUCCUCUGCCCUUAAUGCCCGCGAUCUGGAUCAAGGAGGGGGAUUUUCUGUCUGAGCAUGAAAAGGACUGCUAGAGCCCCAGGAUUUUCACGCCUGCAUUAUCAAGCCAGCACCCAGUAUGCAAGCUGGACAGAGAAGCUCUCCCACAAGUUCCUACCGAGCCGAAUAAAACCCACGGGCGAGCAGAUCUCCGCCAGAGAGGGACAUUAGCAUCAGGACUCCACAGAAUGGAGCAAGAAUGAGAGGAAAAAGGCAGACAGAAAAGCAUGAACUGGAGGCUUGUUGAGUUCCUCUACCUCCUGUUUAUAUGGGACCAUAUACUAGUACAGCCCUCCCACCAGGACCCAGCUGCCACCAACCAACAUGUCUCCAAGGAGUUUGAUUGGCUUAUUUCAGACAGGGGGCCUUUCCACCACUCGCGGAGCUACUUAUCCUUUGUGGAAAGACAUCGUCAAGGAUUUACAACCAGAUAUAAAAUAUACAGGGAGUUUGCCCGUUGGAAGGUGAGGAACACAGCCAUCGAGCGGAGGGACCUGCUCCACAACCCACUGCCCCUGAUGCCCGAGUUCCAGAGGAGCAUCCGCCUCCUGGGCCGGAGACCCACCACGCAGCAGUUCAUCGAUACCAUCAUCAAAAAGUACGGCACCCACAUCCUCAUCUCUGCCACGCUGGGAGGAGAGGAGGCCUUGACCAUGUACAUGGACAAAAGUCGCCUCGACAGGAAGUCAGGAAACGCUACCCAAAGCGUGGAAGCUUUGCACCAGCUCGCUUCCUCCUACUUCGUAGACCGUGAUGGCACCAUGAGGAGACUCCAUGAGAUCCAGAUCUCUACCGGAGCAAUCAAGGUAACAGAAACUCGGACUGGCCCCCUGGGCUGUAACAGCUACGACAAUCUGGACUCUGUGAGUUCUGUCCUUCUGCAAAGCACUGAAAGCAAACUCCACCUGCAAGGUCUCCAGAUCAUCUUCCCCCAGUACCUACAAGAGAAGUUUGUCCAGUCUGCCUUGAGCUACAUCAUGUGCAAUGGGGAGGGCGAGUACAUCUGCCGGAACAGCCAGUGCGGCUGCCAGUGCGCGGAGGAGUUCCCGCAGUGCAACUGCCCCAUCACCGACAUCCAGAUCAUGGAGUACACGCUCGCCAACAUGGCCAAGACCUGGACAGAAGCCUAUAAAGAUCUGGAGAAUUCAGAUGAGUUCAAAUCCUUCAUGAAAAGGCUACCUAGCAACCACUUCCUGACCAUUGCGAGCAUCCACCAGCACUGGGGGAACGACUGGGACUUGCAGAACCGCUACAAGCUGCUGCAGAGCUCCUUGGAAGCCCAGCGCCAGAAGAUCCAGCGCACUGCCCGCAAACUCUUCGGCCUCAGUGUCCGGUGUCGGCACAACCCCAACCACCAGCUGCCUAGAGAAAGGACAAUACAGGAAUGGCUUACCCGGGUCCAGUCCCUACUCUACUGCAAUGAGAAUGGGUUUUGGGGCACUUUUUUGGAAAGCCAGCGGAGCUGUGUUUGCCAUGGUGGCACGAGCUUGUGCCAGCGUCCCAUCCCUUGCAUCAUUGGGGGCAACAACAGCUGUGCCAUGUGCAGCCUUGCCAACAUCUCUCUCUGUGGCUCGUGCAACAAGGGCUAUAAGCUUUAUCGGGGCCGGUGUGAGCCUCAGAACGUAGACUCAGAGCGGAGCGAGCAGUUCAUCAGCUUCGAGACAGACUUGGACUUCCAGGACCUAGAGCUGAAGUACCUGCUGCAGAAAAUGGACUCUCGCCUGUACGUGCAUACCACCUUCAUCAGCAACGAGAUCCGCCUGGACACCUUCUUUGACCCCAGGUGGCGCAAACGCAUGUCCCUCACCUUGAAGAGCAACAAGAACAGGAUGGACUUCAUCCACAUGGUGAUUGGGAUCUCCAUGCGCAUCUGCCAGAUGCGCAACAGCAGCCUGGACCCUAUGUUCUUUGUCUAUGUCAACCCGUUCAGCGGGAGUCACUCCGAGGGCUGGAACAUGCCCUUCGGGGAGUAUGGCUACCCACGCUGGGAGAAAAUCCGCCUCCAAAACAGCCAGUGCUACAACUGGACCCUGCUACUGGGCAACCGGUGGAAAACCUUUUUCGAGACCGUCCACAUCUACCUACGCAGCCGGACGCGGCUGCCCUCCCUGCUGCGAAACGAGACGGGCCAAGGGCCCGUGGACCUUUCUGACCCCAGCAAGCGCCAGUUCUACAUCAAGAUCUCGGACGUGCAGGUGUACGGCUACAGCCUGCGCUUCAACGCUGACCUUCUGCGCAGCGCCGUGCAGCAGGUCAACCAGUCGUACACGCAAGGCGGGCAGUUCUAUUCUUCCUCCUCCGUCAUGCUCUUGCUGCUGGAUAUUCGGGACCGAAUCAAUAGACUGGCACCUCCUGUGGCCCCGGGGAAGCCCCAGCUGGAUCUAUUCUCUUGUAUGCUCAAGCACCGCCUGAAGCUCACCAACAGUGAGAUCAUCCGUGUGAACCACGCUCUAGACCUGUACAACACCGAGAUCCUCAAACAGUCGGACCAGAUGACGGCCAAACUCUGCUAACCCGGACUUUUCAGUGGGACACAUUGGUGACUGAUCCUUUUGCUGUAAAAAAAAUAAAAGAGAAAAAAAAAAAAAGAGGAAAGAAAAAAAGCAAG